UUUAAGCCCAUCUUCCUUCCUAAAAAUUUUCCCACUUUGGGGUUAACGAUUUAAUUAAUCUCCUCUCCUGUUCUUAUCUUGGUUCUCCUCCUUGUAUUGCAGAUACUGGACCUCCUCAGAAGAAAAAUUUUCUGUUGCCGCUUGCCGCUUGCCGCCUACGUUUGAAGAAGCUUGUGACUUGAUAUAAGGACUUGAGCAUGGUCCCAGAGGUUCACGUUCCGAUGGCUAAGGAGCUCAAAGCCGCAGCAGAGGAUAAACCGGUUAGCAGGUCUACCCCCAACAAAAGGAACAAUGGAAAAGUUCCAAAGAAAAUCCACAAGGCUGAGAGAGAGAAACUUAAACGUGACCAUUUGAAUGAGCUUUUCCUUGAGUUGGGCAACACACUUGAAACUGCUCGGCAAAAUAGUGGCAAGGCCUCUAUGUUGGGUGAGGCUACUCGAUUCCUGCGUGAUCUGCUUGUUCAAGUUGAAUGUCUCAAAAAGGAAAACACAGCCCUGCUAUCUGAAUCACACUACGUCACUAUUGAGAAGAAUGAGCUCAGAGAUGAAAAUUCUGUCCUAGAAGCAGAGAUUGAAAAACUGCAGACUGAGCUACAGGAUAGGGCACAGGUCAAACCCACUUGGGAUGCAGUUCCAGCUCAAUUGCAGCACAACAACAUAGAAUCACAGUUGUCAGAGGACCCCAGAUUGCAGCAGCCACCGGUAGUUGGUCCAGUCUUUGUCUUUCCACUUCACGAGAGUCAAGGUUGUCCAGAGCCUGAGACUGCUAAUGCUCCGUCAAAGCCUCCUUCAAACGUGAGCAGGCCACACGCUCGCUACCCAACCCCAUCAGAUUCUUGGCCGUCACGACUCCUUGUGAAACAGCCAGCUGAGGAUAACCGGUCUGGACAAUGUGAGCAAUAGCAUUAGGGCCAAGGAUGGCCGUGUCAUAGACAAUAUGUAAGCUUGUAAUGGACCUCGUGGUCUGGUUGGAAGAUGAGGUUGUAAUCUGCUCCGUUUGCAUUUUGUUAAUUCAAUAUUUAAUCCGAUGUUCAGUAA